AUGUUCGCCUUCAUCAUCAUCCUUCUGCUCUUCGCUUCGGGCUUUCCACUCUCCGUCUUCGGCUUGCCCGCUCCAACCGUCGCGGUCUCUAACGGCCCAUCCGCGGCGAUGGCGGAGGCGAUGGCGGCAGCGAUGCCACCAGGCUGCGGCGCCGACUGGAUCUCUGUGUUCCCGUGGACCAAUGCGGGAUACACUGGGGAGUGGCAGCCCAAAUGCGGGGCGCCAGGCGUAUGCCAGAGCGUCCCAGCACAGCUCAACGACAAAAUCUCGAGCUUUGGCAUCUCUGGACCCACCGGCAGGGCUUGGUGUCAGCUAUUCCAACACGAAAAAUGCACCGACCCAGGCAAGUCGAUCUUCGCCUAUACGCCCGGCCUGUUCAGCUUUCAGCACCUGGAACGCCUCGACAACCAGAUCUCGAGCUAUAGGUGCUUCAGUGGCUGA